UCUUGUGGUUUGUCUGUGUUUGUAUCUGUGGGGUGUCAGUUUUAGAGGACAUGGCGGACCCAGAGGCCGGUAAACAGAAGGCGGACAAAGGGUACCGGAGCCCCGGACUGAGAGGAGCCCAGACCAGCACCCUGUUCAGAGCAGUCAACCCAGAACUGUUCAUCAAACCAAAUAAACCAGUGAUGGCGUUCGGCCUGGUCGCCAUCACCCUGUGCGUGGGUUACCUUGGAUACCUGCACGCCAUCAAGGAGAACGACCAGCAGCUGUACGAAGCCGUGGACAGCGAAGGACAGAGAUACAUGAGGAGGAAGACGUCCAAGUGGGACUGAGGCACCCUGGUCCAGACCAAGGCCAGACCUGCUGUGUGUUCUGGUUCUGUUCAUCUACCUGACUGGACACACUGGAACCAAACCAGUCCACAGCAGAAGGGGACAACUGGACCUUCGGUGCGUUAGUUCGGUUCCACCUGUCACAUGAUCCUGUUUGGACUGAUCAGACACAACCAGGUCCCACCCACAUGUGGAGCCACGCUAACAUGUUCUGUGACAUCAUGUUCAUUUAACUUAUCAAAUAAAAACAAUGAAAGGCUUUGGGUGGAAUUAGACUGAAUAAAUAAAUCUAAUUAACCGUCCUGGACCUGAUGAGCUUCAGCUGUUUUACUGGUGGGGGUGCAGGGGUUCAUCCAGGGCUUGUAGUUUACCGGCCAACAGGCCGUAAGCUGUCAUCUGGUACAAAACUUUAAUUCCUAUUGACUUCAAACUUGGUAUACAGCUUCUUUAUGAUGAUGUCAACAAAAGUUAGUGAAAUUAUUUGGAUCUGAUUCUGGAUUUGGUGCCACUUUGAAAAAUGUCCCCAUUAUCAGAGAUAGG